CCAACCGUCGGUCCGCAGAGUCACGAGGUGCUCGCUGCCUCGGCACUGCAGCGCACGCCGUCGCGUCUCCACGACUUUAAUAAUAAUAUAUACGUCUUACGUUCGACCCAACACGCCGCCUGCACGAUAUUAUCCAACGAUUAUGACUGUCCCACAGGACAUAUAUUAUUAUCAUGAGUAAUGAAAUAGAUUUUCCCGCGCAACGAUCCACGGCAAUGACGACUGAACUGGCCGACGACUGCAGCGUCGAGGGAUCGCGCGACGAGCUCGACGUCGAUGAUGGAUCGCACGCCGGUCGCGGUUAAAAUUCACGCAUCGACGAGUACACGCCGAAAUAAAACGACACAUCGCCAUCACGAACGCCGAUACGUCUAGCUGUAUAACAUUAUUAUGACGACGUACGCGAUGACGGCCUUCUGUACCGCGGUACUGAUCGCGUCCAUCGUGGUCGACACCGGAGUCCGGAGUCUGGGAUUGCCGCCGUCCGCCGACAGAGGGGGAUCGCCAGCGAUGCCGUUACGGUUUUCGUCGGCGGCGCAGGAUCGCAAAACUUAUCCGAACAAUAGCCCUUCGGAACCGAGUUACGACUCCGGGAGUGACGACGACGAUGGAGACGACGAUGACGACUUGGCUAAUACGGCCGAAGACGACAGCACCAUAGAGGAAAGCGAAGAUCAGCUGGACCAGGACGAUCCAGUGAGCACUGUAACGGUGACUGCAGUUCGUGGUUCUGUGGCUUGGCUGCCGUGUGACAUAGGCGGUGGUAAUAACGACGGUUUGCCAAAACAACCAGCAAGAGUCGCAUCGGCUGGAGGUGGAAAUAGCAAGGACUUGACUAACACGAUCGAAGACCGAGCGUACAUGGUGCUGUGGUUCAAACACCAUUCAAUGACAAUCCGUCACCGGAAUAGUAAAUCAAAAAACAAAAAAAUAUGGUCUGGAGGAAAACCUCUGUACAGUUUCGACGUGCGUGGAAGACCGUUAGCUCACGCGUUGAAAUGGUCUUCGGACGAGGAGAGCGGAGGGUUCGGGCCCAGGGCGUCGUUUGUGGUGUUUGGAGGCAGCAGCGGUGUCGGUGGCAGCAAUGGGCGAGGAAAAUGGUCGAAACAGCGUACUUUGCUGUUGGAUGAUUACAACGGUGGCCUGUACGACAACAGUAGCAAAGCAGCGCUCAAAGUCACCAACGUGACAGAACAGGACGCCGGGGCUUACAGGUGUCGAGUAGAUUUUCGUGAUUCACCUACCCGGAACUAUCGAAUAAUCCUGCGAGUCAUAGUACCACCCGAUAAAAUGACAAUCGCUUAUAACGGAGUAGGAGCGGAAAUCGACGGUGGAUCGCAUCACACCAUCGGCCCAGUGCCGGAAGGCGGCCGAUUGGUAUUGGAGUGCCGAGUUCAAGGAGGGAAACCCAAGCCACGGGUGCAGUGGUACUCCGCGGACGGCAAAGUCACCUCGUCGCUCGGAACGGGAACAAUCAUGGAUCUGACAGAGGAAGUAUCUUACGGAAAUGAAAACGACGACGGAGAAACAACAACCAAAAGUCUAGUAAUUCAUCAAUUGAAUCGAAGUCAUGCUAAUAGCACAUACACUUGUCUGGCUGGGAACGACGACAACACCAUGCAAUCAAAUCUCCGAAUGACAGUGCUGAUAAACAUGUACCUGAAUGUGAAAAGUGUACGUAUUGUGGGCAUACAUCCAAUAGACGAGUCUGAGAACACUGUAAAUGAUAACGAAGACAGUAACAAUGACGGUGUUGUACAAGCAACAAAUCUUAUAUCCGGUAAGUGGUAUACGGGCGAAUGCUGGGCCGAGGGUGCGAGUCCUAAGGCUACGAUAGAAUGGUCUAUUGACGGAAACGGUACUUUAGCUGACGAAAUACCUUCUUCUCCGACUGCUGCUCGUAUAACAGUAAUGGAGCAAACCGAACAUAGCAGUAGGAUACGAUUGAGGCCUACACCGAGUGACGAUGGUCGAUAUUUACGAUGCCGAGCUUGGAACCCUGAUAUUAAUACCACCAAAGAUAACAUUAAAAAUAAAGCUUUAUUACUUAACGUCCAAUAUCCGCCUAUAGUUAAAUUGAGUUUGGGCCAUACAUUCGAUCCGAGUAGAAUCAAAACGGGAGACGACGUGUAUUUCGAAUGCAAGGUGUUGGAUGGCAGCGGGAGCAGAGGGAAGCAACGUAAUCGCAUCGAAUGGUAUCACAACGGUCACCCGAUCUUGCAAAACGGCAGCAGCAACGGUAGCGUCAGCAUCGACUCGGAAAUCAAAGUCGUUCUUUUGAGCGCCGGCACUUUGGUCAUAAGGAACGUGGGCCGCCGACAUUCCGGUCGGUACACGUGUCAGUGUAAUAACGACCUGGGAAUGGGACGGUCACGACCGGUCACCCUCCGCGUUCAAUACGCUCCCGUUUGCGCGGAUGACGGCAAUCAACUGCAAUUGGUGGGCGUGGAAGCCAACGAAGCCAACGUCCACAUCGUGUGCCGGGUAAGAGCUGACCCUGCCGACGACCGUGUGCAAUUCGAGUGGUACGUGUGGCCGGGCUCAGCGGCCGCGGCCACCGGUGAUCUGCACCAGCAACAAUCACCGAGCGUGGUGGCCACCGGAAGUUACGUCACCACCGCGCUGCCCAAUCAGCGGAACGACACUGCCGUCGGCGAGCUCGUACUUCCGGCCAUGACCGUCGGCGUUCCGGACGUGGUCCAGUACGUGGAUAGAGCGCCGCACGUCAAGAAGCCCAUUGUGCUGGACACGGUCAGCUGUCGGGCCACCAACGCCGUAGGCCGUCAGCAAAACGCUUGUUUGUAUCACAUAAUACCGGCAUCUCCUCCGGGUCCUUUGACUGGCUGCGCAAUUCGAUUACCCAAAGAUCAAGAACGCCACGCCGGUACCGGUAGUAGACAUCACAAUCACCAUCACCAACAACAUCAUCAUCAACGACGUACUUCGAUCGUCCACGACGGCGUGGAAGACAAAGACUUGGCAACAAUAAGUUGUACUUUAGACAACGACGGCGGAGUGAGGCCUGUGACUUACUCGUUAGAGAUUUAUGAGAGCAAUGAUUUGACCACAACGGUUUACGGAUCAUCCUACUCGACGGCGGGCGGCAACGACGACGACGACGACGAAGUUCGACGCAAUAAGUACCGCGGCGAAUGGCUCGCUGACAACGUGACGGGCACCGCGGCCGCGUCGACGGCGGGCGGCGGUUCGAUCGAGUACCGCGUGAACCGCAAGAACCUGCGGCUGAGAAACGGCCCGGACGACGGUCGAAAACAUCUGACCCUGUCGGCGUACGCGGCCAACCGCAUGGGCCGCGGCCCGCACACUUAUUUCGGUAGCGACAACGUGAUGUUGUUGAGGCACCCGUGGUGGUGGCGCGGCGAGUCGGCACACGAGAGCAGCACGAGGGCCGCCGGUCCGGCCGGCACAUCGUCCACCGAAUGGUGGAUAAUGUUGAGCGGCGGUGGUGACGACGACGGCGAUCGGUGGAGCAACGCGCCGAACGGUCGCGGCAAGAGCACCACGGCGACCGGCGUGAUAGUGUUCGUCUCGGUGGCGGCGACAUCGGCGAUAGUCAUCGCGGCGGCGUUUCUGUUGUGGAGGCGGCGGCGAGGCGGCGGCGGCAGAUCGCCGACGAUCACGGAAACCGCGGCCAUGGCGUCCAACGACCUGACGGCGUGCGGCGGCGGCGGCGGCGGCGGCGGUGGAGACAAGACCGGCGAAAAACAUUCGCUGCUCUCGCGGAGACCGCAGCAGCAGCAGCAGCAGCAGCGAAACGUCUACCCAAAUCUGACCGGGUCGGACCGGGAUCGCGAUCCCGGCGAUCCCGGCGACCCCGCGCCCGACAUAAUGAUCCAACAAAACUACGGCAAACAGUUUUUGGUGUCGAUCGUGAACCGCGGCAUUCCCGGCCCCGAGAGUUGCGUGUGAACACGACAACCUGUUCAAUGUAUCAUAACAAUAUUAUAAUAAUUAUAAUAUACCGGCGCUAUACCUUGUUACCUUGUUUACUAUAUACAUUAUACACACAUUAUACAUUCAUGUAUUAUGAACACAGCAGUAAUAAUAAUUAUUACUAUUAUUAUUAUUAUUAUUAUUAUUAUAGUACAUAAUUCGAAAUCAAUUACUAUUUACUAUUAUCAUUAUUGUUAUUAUAAGUCUAUGGUAAUAUUAUGAGUAGCAAUAUUGGGGAUGUAUUUAUGCUAAAUACACAUUUAUUCCCCUACAGUCCCUAACACCGGUCCGGGCCGAAAACUGCAGAUCGCAUAUUAUUAUUAUACCAUCGAUCUACGUUUUUAUCGGUCUAUUAUUGACGAUCAUUUCACCACACUAUUGAAAAAAAAACAGAAAACUAUAAUAGUUUAAUUUUUUUAAAGAAACUACAAUCGUCAGGAAUAUACCUGCUGUAGUUUUAUAGGUUUUUUCGACUCUGUAAACAUUUUUUUGAGUUUUUUUUCAGCAACAAUAAUGUCAACGACCAAUGUGCUAGUAUAUUAUACCAUACAGUAAUCAGGAAAUCCAAGAAUUAUAUUAUUAAAUUAUUUUUCAUCGUAUCGGAAACAUAAAAAUGCAUAACCAUCAUUUAAACAAAUGUAUUAUAAAAUAGUAUAAUUAAUUUGAAUAAUUUAUAUUAAUGAACAAUAACAAUAAUUGUUCAAAAAAUAAAAAUUAUGGGUAAUAUGCUGUAUUUUCUAUAACAAUUCUAACCAAUUAACACAUUAAAACUUCAUACAACCAAGUGAAAUUUGAAAGACUACAACCCCCUCUCCCGUAAUCCCUUAUGUAAUUCCCUAAGUAUCAUAAAAAAAUCCAAUUGGUUAGCACAUAAUAUUUUUUUAAAUAUUAAUUUAUAACACGCAUUUUUUAUCAACAUUAUAGAAAUCUUACAAACAGCAGCAACAACUGCUGCUAUAAAUGAAAUAUAAUAUUGAAGUCAUCUGUUAUCUAAUAAUUAUAUUUUUCAUUUAAAAUGUAUAGUAUGUAAAUAACGUAUGAUUCGUUCGCGGUUAUAUUUCUUUUUGAUUUUAGCUAACACUUUUCUAAUUUCUAUUAUCGUUUAUCCAUUUGAUAAUGUAACGUAUUAGUUACUAUGUUGUGGAUGGGUGUAUGGCCGUGUGGGAUGUAUGUAUACUAACCAAGAUGUGUAACAAUUAACCCCUGACCACCCAAGUUAGGUUCGAAUAAUAAUGAGAAUGUAUCGAUGAAAAUGAUAUGACAUUAUCUUGUGAGAAAUUAAAAAAAUAUUUAAGGUAGACCAG